AGUUAUUUACAGUGUUAUUUAUUAACAAACAAAAAACCCCCACACAUCUGGCACUUUCUGCUGCUUGAAUAAAUUAAAGCCAACAAAAGUUUCCGCAGACGUGCCUCCAAGCCAACAAAAACAUAUAUAAAAGUGGAGGAAACACAUGAUCGGCUCAGUUCAUCCCAAUACUUUGGAGCUUUUCAACAUGAAGUUCUUCCUCUAUUUUUACCUAUUGCUGUGCCUGGCUCUAAGCCAAGUUAGUGGUAAUUGCACAGGAGAAUGUCCCGAUACGGAGGAAGUUGUUUGGGCUCUGGGAGGAGGUUGCAAUGUUUUCCGGAAUAAAUGCUAUUUCGACAAGGAGAACUGCCACCGAAAGCCCGCCUUGACCAUAACGACUAAGGACGAGUGUCAAAAGCAUUGCGCCGACUUUUGCACAGCUAUCUACCAGCCAACAAGUGGCACUUACAACGGCAAAGUCCUAAACUUUGGCAACGAGUGUGAAAAGCGAGCUCACACCUGUCGCACUGGCGAGACUUUUUUGUAAGCCACGCAGAAAGUUUUAAACGUGAACGCAAAUAAAUGAUCUUUACACCUACAAAUAUAA